GGGAUUUGAGAAAUCUAGUGUCGAUAGUGUGUUGUGGAGAGAAGCUCGGAAGAAGACGGCGCGUUAUGAGUCGCUUCAAGACCUCCAAGUACAAGAACGCCUACAGCUAUGUUUACAAGAAAGAGUUCUGGAUCAACGACCUAAAGGUUGGGUCCAACUUGAAAUCCAACAGCAACCAUAUCAAGGCCAGCUGCUCCUUCAUUGCCUUCCACCAUGACUCCACCAGUGUUGGGUCUCUGGCGGUACUGCCUCUGGACAGCUGCGGCAGGUUCACCUCCUUCCCCCUCGUCUCAGGCCACUCAGGCUUCGUGACGGAUUUCGAUUUCUCUUCAUUUCACGAUAAUCUCCUGGCCACCGGCGGAGAGGAUUGCCUCGUUAAAAUAUGGAGCAUUCCAGGGGGCGGAGUCAGUGGGAGUCUGACCACACCCACCUCUACCCUAUCUCAUAUGGAGGUAUUUUAGUAAUUGGUUGAAACUCAAUAGCAUUUUGAAAGCCAUUGACCAAAAAAUUUAGUGCGAGGACAAUAUCUCGCACAACUAUCUUUGGCUUUCUGUUUCAAUGUGGUGUUAGAUACUUGGCAUAGCGGCUGGUACUGCAGUCAAGGUGUGGGACGUAGAGCACACGGCCGAGAAAUACGCUCUGGGUGGGCAUGAGGAGGCAGUUCAGAGCUUCUCCUGGCACGGAGAUGGCUCCCAGCUAGCUUCCAUAUGUAAGAGUAAAAAUCAGAAGAAGAUUCGCAUAUUUGACCCCCGAGCUGGCACCUGUGUGUCCGAGGGGUGUGGUCACAGUGGGCUGAAAGGAGGCGCGAGUCCAGUGGCUGGGAGACAGUAACUACAUCGCAACUGCCGGCUUCAACAUUACUCGUAGUGCUGAAGUAAGUCUUUGGGACAUCACAAAUCUCUCCAAACCAGUCACCACUCAAACUAUUGGCUCAUCCACUGGGAGUCCAAUGCUGUUUUACGAUGAAGACAGCAAAAUGCUCUUUGUAGCAAUGAAGAGUGAAUCUACUCUCAUGUUCUACGAAGUAUCAGAAAAGUCGCCAUAUCUCUCACAAGGUCCCAAUGUGUAUCGGGGAGCAGAGCAGCAGAAAGGGAUGGGGAUGGUGCCCAAGAGGGCGGUGAACGUAAUGUCGUGUCAGAUCGCGAGAUUUCUGCAGCUGACACAGAACUCCAUCAUCCCAGUUGGCUAUCACGUACAGAGAAAGAGUCAGAGUGAGUUCCACAGCGACCUGUUCCCAGACACUGCCGGCAGUGAACCAGCACUCACUGCAGACCAGUGGUGCCAGGGACAAAAUGGGAAGGUAGCUAAAGUCAGUUUGGAUCCAAAGGGACAACCGAAAGCCGCAUCCCAACCAAAAUCACACUCCAAACAGAACGGAACGAAAUCCCCAGAAAUCAGACCACCCUCUGAGGGGAAAUCCCCCACCCCAGUCGGGAAAUCCCCUACCCCAGGGGGAAAAUCCCCCAUCCCAGACUCUCGCACCGUUUCUGAAGAGUCUCGGUCGUCUUCCUUCAGCCCGACGCCCAAAGUGCUGAACAUCGUGCGUUCGUCAAAGUUUCGUCACAUCCAGGGAGGGACGCUGCAUCGAAGCACACACAUUGAGAAGCUGCCUAAACUGAGCGUGGCAAUGCCUGGAGACAGCAAUGGCUUCCAGGCAAACAGAGAUUUCGUGGCUGCAGCUCUUGACAUCGCUGGCGGACAGAUUGGCAUCUUCAAGCUGACUCACACAGGUCGUCAGGACACGGACGAAGUUCUGAUGUUUCAGAAUUCGGCAAAUAUCAUGGACUUUGUCUUCGAUCCUUUCAACAACCACAGACUAGUAGUAGCCUGUGAUGAUGCCAGGAUCAGGGUGUGGAAGGUGCCAGAAGGAGGCAGAGGAGGCACAGUCAAAGAACCAGAGUUCUUCCUCAUCGGCCACCAGGAGAAGCCCAACCUCCUGUGUUUCCACCCCCAGGCCUCCUCUCUCCUGGCCACUGCUGGGUUUGACUGCCACCUCUUCAUCUGGAACCUUGAGGAGAGAGCCAUCUCACUCAGGAUGGACCCUCUCCCUCAACCUCUGUUUGCCAUGAGUUGGAGUCCAGAUGGUAAACUCCUAGCAACCAUCGCCAGGGAUCACGUCAUCAGAAUAUACGACCCGCGAAACUCCACCUCCCCCGUUAACGAGGGGGUGGGGCCAGAGGGUAGCCGUGGCGCCCGCAUCGUUUGGCUAAACAGCACUCACUUAGCGGUGUCUGGAUUCAACAAGACAAGUUCUCGAACCAUUUCUCUGUAUGUGACCUCUGACCUCUCGCGACCUUUGUCCUCUGUAUCUACCACCAUCUCCCCGGCAACGCUCGUCCCUCACUACGACCCAGAUACCUGCCUCGUCUUCCUCUCCGGGAAAGGAGACAACUCAAUCAUUGCCUAUGAGUAUGUGGAGGAUAAGGAGCCAUAUCUGUUUGAUGUUGCUCCAUUUGCAUGUGGAUCCCCACACCAGGCGGGUGAGUUACCUGCCCAAAGACCUGUGUGAUGUGAGACAAGUGGAGAUAGCAAGAGCUGUCAGACUCUGCAAGACUACUGUUGAACCCAUCUUCUUCAAGGUCCCCAGGACUAGGACGGAGUAUUUCCAGGAUGAUGUGUACCCAGAGACCAGAGUGACAUGGGAGGCAGCUCUGACCAGUCAGGAGUGGCUCUCUGGGGAGGAUGGAGUCCAGUCUUCCCUCAGUCUCAGACCUCAUGACAUGGAACCUUUGAGUGAGGCUCCAAAGGCAGCACCAGCUCCCAAGAAGUAUCAGAGUUAUAACCCAGACUUCAAGACUGAUGAGGAAAAGAAAGAAGAGUUGAUGUCGGCCAUGAUAGACAAGAUGGAGAUCAAGAUGAAGACCCUCUACCUCAAGAGGCCAUGGACGGCUGCGAUAGUGACGAGUGGAGUGACUGAACUCCGUAACAUCUUUUGUUAGUGUGUAAUACUCAUUUUUUUUCACCAUGCAUGAGCAGUGUGGUGUGAACCAAUGAGGUCAAUCGUUGCUCUACAACAAGUCUUCAUGGGUUGGUAUACAAAUAACAACAUGUGAGUAAGAAGUUGCAGGCAAGCCAUCAUGGGUAGGCAUCUACAAAUACAAACAUUGGUACAUUAUACAAAAUUUACAGCAUCAAACAUGUUAGUACAGUUAAAAAGAGUUCUGUGUCACUGAGCAAGCUCUUGAGGGCAAGUGGGGCCCUGUCUCUUGUAUGGGCAUCUGCCACGGUCCUGCUGCUCCUCCUUCCCUUCUGCCUCUCGUUGCGUCGUAAGUAGCUAGGGCUGCGAACUGGGCUUCAGCUGUUGGUGAUGGUACACCGGUCAGCAUCUCUUGAGACCC